AUGCCGUUUUUUAUUCGUAAACAUAAUUCUGAAACAAAAGAUAAAAAAAGAAAGAAAUUACUUAAAUCUCAAAGUGGAAAGAAAAAACAAAAAACCUCUACUGAUUUAAUCAAUGGUCAUAAUAAUAAAAAAAAAACUAAAAAACAAAAAGAAAUAAUUGAUGAAAAUGAAGAAAUAUUAAGUGAUACUGAUGUUGACGAAGAUGAUGAACAAAAUCAACAAACAGUCAAUGGCAAUGUUCGAUUAGAUAAUUUAUUAUUAAAUGAAGAACAUGAUGAUGAUGAUGAAAACAAUGUUCAUGAACAACGACUUAAAAGAGCUAAAGAAUAUAUCGAACAGAUAGCAAAACAAGAACAAGAACGAGAAGAUGAUCGUGAUGUUGUUUCUGAACGUCUUCGUGAUGAUGUGCUUGAACAAGCUGGAAAACUUCAUCGUCAAGUAGCUUCAAGUUAUUCCGAACCCGUCCUUUUUCAUACUUGUCGUGGUCAUCAACAAAGUGUUACUUGCGUUUGUAUUUCUAAUGAUAAUAAAUAUGCAUUCACUGGAUCCAAAGAUUGUAGUAUUAUUAAAUGGUGUUUAUUAACGGGAAAAAAACUUCAUUUAAUACGUCGAACAGCUAAAACUGAUGAUACGAAUGAACGAACACCGAUUGUUGGACAUUUUGAUCAUAUUCUUGCUAUUACUAUCUCAACAAAUGGACAAUUUUUGGUUUCUGGAGAUAAAGCAAAUUUAAUUCAAGUGUGGAAUGCACAAACAUGUCAACAUUUAAAAACUCUUCGUGGUCAUCAAGGACCAAUUACUGGUCUUACUUUUCGCCGAAAUUCUCAUCAAUUAUUUAGUGUUUCUCAAGAUCGAUCCGUUAAAAUUUGGAAUUUAGAUGAAAUGAGUUAUGUUGAAACAUUAUUUGGUCAUCAAGAACCAAUCCAAGCAAUUGAUGCAUUAAUGCGUGAACGUUGUGUAACAGCCGGUGGUCGUGAUGGUUCAUUAAGAUUAUGGAAAAUUGUUGAAGAAUCACAUCUUGUGUUUACCGGACAUAAAGGUUCAAUUGAUUGUGUAGCAUUGAUUAACGAUGAACAUAUGGUUUCAGGAGCAGAUGAUGGAUCAAUUGCUCUUUGGUCUGUAUCAAAACGUCGUCCUCUAUUCAAUUUACCACAUGCUCAUAAAAUAACAUCAAUCGAUCCAUCUUUAAUACCAUCAUCAUUACCUGAAGAUUUUUGGAUAACAUCAUUAGCUUCACUUCGUUAUACUGAUUUACUUUCAUCAGGUUCAUUUAAUGGAAAUAUUCAUUUAUGGAAAUCAACGCCCCAAUUUAAUCAUUUAACACAUCUUUUUACAAUAGCACAACUUGGUUUUGUUAAUGAUCUUAAAUUUUCAUCUGAUGGUAAUUAUUUAGUUGCUGCUAUUGGUCAAGAACAUCGACUUGGACGAUGGUGGACAGUUAAAUCAGCUAAAAAUGUUCUACUCAUUUAUAAACUCGACAAAAAUAAAUAG